UGUUGACAACAAACCACUGUGUGACUACCCGAGAUAACCCAAAAUGCCACUUGAAAUUCCCUGGCAUUCAUCUUCAAAUCAAAUUGUACUCACUUAUUGUGCGAUCUAGAUCUUAAUAAUGACACUUAUUCAAAUUGGUCUAUAUCAUCUAAUAGGAUAAUAUAGGUGUGUUAUGUGUAAUAUGUUAAUAAUAGGAUAGAACAUGAUAUAUUUUUUAAUAUUUGACUGGCAAAGUGUAAGAGAGAUGUCCCAGCUCGUUAGGGUUUUUUGUAUUUGUAAAGAUGUUGCAAGAGACAUUGCAUUUUUGCGGAUAUCACACAAAUGUGACCAGUAGCGAAUCAACGUUGUGUGGCUAUUGUGGAAGUAACAAGUCAUGUCCCCCAUGUCUGGUGUACUAGAUAUUGAAACGUUGGGAUUUUGUUUUUUUUGUGGUAACAUUAACAGUGAGACAAAUGGUACCAAACAUUUUAUUAUUCGGUUUUAUGGUGUCCCAUUCGUUUCGUUUCCUUUGACCUCCCAGUCUAUUCAAGAUGGCCGACUGAACGCCUAACUUCUACUACAUACCUUUAAUUAAACAAACUGUUCUAGUGCUGUAUACUUGAACAGAUAACGCCGUUUAAUCGUCAAGAAUGGCUUCUGUUUUUUGGUUGAACUCAAAAUAUGUGUACAACCACGGAGGACGAGGCGAGAGAGACGGAAUGAAACCUUUCUGGAUGUAGCGGUGCGGUGAAACGUCCUCCCCGUCACACAGCAUGGAUAGCUUCUUCAAGGCUGCCGUGUGUGACCUCGACAAGCUGCUGGAUGACUUUGAGCUCAAUACAGAAGAGCACGACUGCAGAACCGUGUACCUGAAGUCCUCUGCGCAUGCCGUCCCUUCGCCGGGCCCUCAGUGUUUACCUCCGGAUGGUUCCUCCACAGGGCCACCUAGCCUGCCUGACCUCAACUCUCUCCACUAUGGCUCGGCCCCUGGCUGCACCGACCGCCCGGCCAGCCACCAGCACCUCCACAACCAGCCACACUCUGGGGCUGACAAACCCAGGGGACAGCCCCUCACCGGCGUGGACCUCCUCUCCUCUGUGGACCGCCGACCCGCCAAAGGCUCCACCCCUCCAUGUCCGGACCGCACCCUGAAGCCCCAGUGCGACCUCGUCAGCGACACGAGCUCUGCCAUACUGGACCGAGCCGGCGGCCAUGACACCUUCAGGGAGCUGGACCUGGCGGAGAGACGGAUGGAGAAGGAGGAGGAAGAAGAAGAAGUAGUAGAAGAAGAAGAAGAAGAGGAGGCCCUGCUGGUGGAUUUUGCCAGCCCUGUGAUCCCCCAUGUAUGGGAGGGGGCAUGGGCCAAUCGAGGUGUGGGCGCUGUGGAUGCUGAGCUGCAGCGGGCGUCAGGUGGGAACGUGGAGUCACUGGGUCAGAUCGCAGAGGGAUACUCUGCCUCCCUCAGUCUUCUGGACGUCAUUCUUCCGGCCGCAGUCGAUCGGAGCUGCGAGCCCGCCGACGAUGCCGUGUCCAAUGCAUCGGAGCUCCGCGAGGAGGAGGAUGAUGAUGAUGAUGAUGAACAUGAGGAGGUGGGGGAUUUGUCUCAUGUGGUCCAACAAGUGGGGAACUCUUUGGGCUACUUUGAACCAGCAUGCACCCCGCCCGAUAACACUCUCCACAACAACAACUACAACACCGACAACGACAUAGUCUCAGAAGAGCCACUAGAGGGGCCCGCGGAGACGGGCCAUCAGCAGGACAGCAGCGAAACAGAGCCCCCCUCCAAGCCAGACACCUCGGACAGUGUGCCAGCGAGGUUGUCCUGCCUGUCCAUGUGCGGGGCUCUGGUGAACCCGACCAGUACUGCGAAAGACUCCCUAGAAGCCGAGUCGAGCGGGGACGCCGCGUCGGGCGUGUCCGACAGCACGGAGGCCGAGUCCAUUUCCCCCCCCGAGAGCGGCAAGGACACGUUCCGCUCCGACGAGCGAGUGAAUCCAGAGGUCCCUCGUCCCCCCCGGCAGCCAGCAGGGGGCGGCGUCUCUCUCACUCCCCGGCCCCAGUGUCUGGGCUCCUCCGACACCCUCCCCGCCCUCUCCAUGGCUGCUGCAGAGUCUUGCGUUGCAGAUGAAGGCUUGGGCGACUCCCCCGAGUUCGGCUUCGAGUUCCUGCCUGAGAGCGACCAGGCGGAGCUGCUGGUCACGGACGAGGAGCUGGACGCCUUCCUGCAGGCCCACGCCGAGGCCGAGCAGGCGGAGGGCGGGGCCUUCCUCGCCAGCCGGUCUGGCGAGUGCGGCCUCAGCAGCGGCGGCGGCGGCGGUGGCGGCGGCGGCCUCUCGGGCCUGUCCAACGGGGACGCCGACCCGGAGCACCGGCUGGUGGAGGAGGAGCUGGGGGGCUGCUGCGAGGCCUCCUCUCCGGAAGGGGAGCGCAGGGCAGCCGGCGUUCCCACGGGCGAGCGUCUGGACCCCACGCAUCCAUCCAACGCCCUCAGCUCCUACCAGCUGGAGCCCGAACUCUGUUCCCGUGUCAAGCCCUCCGCCAACAACACCCCCGUGCAGCCCCCGCACGUAGCCAGCCCUGAUUCACAGUCCUCCUAUGGAGGAGCGAGACCCAAGCAGCUCCACGGCAAGGCGGCCACCCCCUCCCCCGCGGCCGAGGAAGAGCAGCGGAUCCCCACCGCGGCCAGCGGCACCGUCGACGUCCCGCCCUCCCCGGACGACGGCGACGCAACCCCCACCUCCCCGCCGCACCCCCAACACCCACCCACCGGGGGCGGUCACGACAACGGCGACCCCAGGCUGCUCUACACCCCGCAGGGUCACGACCCCUCGUACAACGAGCUGUCGGAGCCCCCGCCCUACCCCGGGGACACCUCCGGGGAGUACUCGGGGUCGGUGGACGAAGGCUCGGACGAGGGGCUGGGCUGCAGGCAGCCGUCCUGGGUGCCGGACGCCGAGGCGCCCAAGUGCAUGGGCUGCGACCUGAGGUUCACCUUCACCAGGCGGCGGCAUCACUGUCGUGCCUGUGGGAAGGUCUACUGUGCUAUCUGCUGCAAUAGGAAAUGCAAGCUCCAGUACUUGGAGAAGGAGGCGCGCGUGUGCAACAGAUGCUUUGAGAGCAUACAAAGAGCCCUGGCCCUGGAGCGCAUGAUGAGUCCCACUGGACCCAGCCCAAACCCUAACGUUCCCUCUGAGUACUGCAGCACCAUCCCUCCCCUACAACAGGCCCGGGCCGCAGGCACCCUCAACUCCCCCCCUCCCACCGUCAUGGUGCCCGUGUCCGUUCUCAAACACCCCAGCAAUGACGGUGGUCCCAGGGAGCAGAAGCGCGUGUGGUUCGCUGACGGCAUCCUGCCCAACGGGGAGGUGGCAGACACCAGCCGGCUGGUGGUGACGGGCCGACGGAGUUCUCAGGAGAGUAGCCCCGUCUCCCCGGACCCUCCCAUAGUAAGGGGAGGAGGAGGAGGAGGAGGAGGAGGAGGAGGCGGGUCUGCCCCGGAGGCCCCCACGGCCCCCGAGGUGGUGCGUCCUCCGGUGUCGGGGCCCUGGGACUACGCCCUGCUGUGCAGCAUCGGGUGUCCCUCCAGCAGGGGCUGCAGCAUGCUGCCGGAGGCUGAGGGCGAGCUGCCCCCCCUCAUCAUCACCACCGGAGACGAUGAGACCCAAGCCGUAUUGGUGGAGGAAGGUCCCGCCCCCUGCCAGAUCAUGCUGCUAUUGGAGGAGGGGGGACCCCAGCCUUUGACCUUUCUUCUGAACGCUAACCUGUUGGUUAAUGUCAAACUGGUAACAUACUGCGAUCAGCGCUGCUGGUGUUUCGGCUCCAACGGGCUGAAGGCGCUGGGCCAGAGAGAACUUGUGUUCCUGCUGGAGUGUCUGCCAGAAGAGAAGACCCUGCCAAGGGACCUCUUCUCGCUGUAUCUCAACAUUUAUCAAGAUGCCCAAAAUGGGAAGUUUGUGGAGGACCUGGGCAACGUGACGUUCACCAGCAGCUUCCUGGGCAGUAAGGAGCACGGGGGCAUGCUGUUCUUCUCGCCCACCUGCCAGCCCCUGGAGGGCUUGAGCGUGCCGCCCCAGCCCUUCCUCUUCGGCCUGCUCAUCCAGAGGCUGGAGGUGCCCUGGGCCAAGGUGUUCCCCCUGCGGCUGCUGCUGCGGCUGGGCACUGGACACAGCGUGUACCCCACUACGCCCGUCAGCACGCGCUUCAGGGAGUCUGUGUACAGAGAGACCGGACACACCAUCAUGAACUUACUAGCGGACCUGAGGAACUACCAGUACAGUAUAGCUAUAGUCGAGGGGCUGAGGAUACACAUGGAGAUGGGCCACAGCUAUAUCGACAUCCCCAAGAGUCGCUUCAAUGAGAUGCAGAAGGUUGUGAACUCGUCCAACGAGCAUGUCAUUAGCGUGGGAGCCACCUUCAGCUCAGAGGCGGACUCUCACCUGGUCUGCUUCCAGAAUGAAGACGGAAACUACCAGACCCAGGCCAACAGCAAGCCUGGCCACACACGCACAGUAACCGGAGCCAGUUUUGUCGUGUUCAACGGAGCCCUCAAAGCGUCUUCGGGCUUCAUCGCCAAGUCCAGCAUCGUGGAGGACGGGUUGAUGGUUCAAAUCCCCCCCGAGACCAUGGAGUCCCUGCGCACCGCGCUGAGGGACCAGACGGACUUCCUGAUCCCGUGCGGGAAGAGUGACGGCGGGGAGCUGCGGGAGAACGUCACGGUGCGCUGGGUGGACCGGACCGCCACGCUCAACGCAGGGGUGACCAGCGCUGUGGACGGCCGGUCGCUGGACGGCGUCCACAGCCUCCGGACGCAGCACGACUCUGAGUUUGAGUCGGACGGCCGCGUCAUACGAUGCACUGAGGUCUUCUACCAGCUGAAGAGCACCGAGGGUUGCCUGGCGACGGUGGUGUCGUCCAGCAGUGUGUUCCAGAGGGAGAUGUCCCUGGCCACCUGCAGCGCCCUGGCCCCCCACCUCGCCGUGCUGGCGUCCCGCGGGAUCAACUCCCUCGCCCUCCGAGUCUCCACGCAGGCAGACAUGGUGGAGUACCAGGCGGGCUCGGGGGGCCGGCUGCUCCCCCAGUGCUACAUGAACGACCUGGACAGCUCCCUGAUCCCCGUCAUCCACGGGGGCAGUGCCGGCGUGCCCCAGGUCCCCGUGGACAUGGAGUUCCUCUUCUACAUCACGCACAUCAUGUGAUCCACGCGCGCACACACACCUAGGCACGCACGCGCACACGCACACACACACACACACUUAGGCACGCACGCACACACAAACACAGACUAACACAGGCACGCAUGCACACGCAUAAACGCGGGCACACACACACACUUGCAUACACAGACACUAGACUUACACACACACGCUUACAUACGCACAUGCAUCAACACACACACACACACCUACACACUCCCUCAUGAACACCUUAUGGAAUAUCAAGGACAAGCCAAUAUUGAGGGUCAACGUGGCUGUGGUUUCCCUGGCAAGCAAACGCUACUGACAAUGGGGAAGACGGCGUGCACGGAUGGAUUUUUAAAGAUUGUAUGAUAGAGAACCGAGACUCAAGCCAGGUUUCUGUCGGGCGAUUUCUGUUUGUUUUUGUGGUUACCAAAGUGGCUUUGAUCCAAGAGGCCAAACACUAAACAUGUAAAAUAUUGAUAAUAUGACCAAAUAUAUGAAAUGAUUCUAUUUUCUUCUGUUCUGGCCUCGGCCGGCUCCUCGCAUCUCAGUGAAUUUCUCAGAUGGACUCUGUCUAAAAUGAUUUAGAUUUAUUUAUUAUAUUCCCUAGGGGUCAAAUGAUGUGCGGUAUCCAGAGGAAUGAUAUGAAAUGAAUUGGUGUGAUGGACAGAUGUGUGCUCAGUGUUUCACAGUACAUCUAUGUGGGGAUAGGGCGCAUCGGUCAAAUGCUGGAACUAAUUUACACUAGUAUUCUUUUAUCGCUUAUAACUGAAAUGUAAUAUUUAAACUGCACACGAUUCAAGCGGUCAGCAUUGUAUUUUCCCUGCCAAACAAGGUCUUGUAGUUAGAUGUGGUCAGGAUUGGAAGACAAGCACCCCAAAUAAACUCAUCUCAAUUACAACAGUCUAUAUCUGGUUAGUAAGAAAUAUCCUCGCUUUCCCUCCCGGUUAAAUCCUCCGAUCCCGUUUUAAGUCUUGUUCUCUUUUGUCAUUUUGUUAACUAUGUGAUCUAGUGUUUUUUCAGACAAGCAGUCAUUGCCAAAACACCAGCAUCACAUAUUCCUGUUAAAACUUUAGAUCUAAUAGUCACUACAUUCAGUUUCUCUCAUGUAAACGUGCCGUCCUUUAAAACUAAGCUUUAGAGCAGUACUCGCGCAAACGACUACAUCCAUGUGGAUAAGUUAGUUAAAGCCUUCCUUUGGGAAAGCCCACCACCUCUUGACUAUUCCAUUGUAAGCGCAAAGCUAUAGAAGGCAUUUUGCUAAAAUAUGUGUCUUUACAGAAACUAAGGUACGCUUACAUGUGCUGAAGCUUUUCAAGAGAAGAGUGGGCCGGCAAUUAUUCUCCGUUGGCGAAACCAACAGUAACAUGCUGUCAAAAACGGAUGCAGAUCUGGAACCAGAUCAAUAUGUAUUUGAAGUAUACUUCAAGUUGCCAGCGAACCUCAUCAGUCCCAUAAUAGCUGUAGCUCUUUGUUCUCCAGUGUAUAUGUAUUGCUCUGUUGGACAUUUUAAAGAUAUUAAACUAUUUUUGAACAUUUCGUAUUAAAAGUUUUAUCAAAAGGACUACAAAUGGAUAUUUUUGAUAGAAAGUCUAAAGGUGCCUUACGUUCAUGUUAAUUUGUAUAAAGAACCAUUUUUCACAAAUACAGUUUCAAAGGGCUUAAGCAAAACAAUGAUAUUGCCAAAUGUUAAACAUUUAGGAAACAUAAUUUAUAGCUAACAGUGGCAGUUUGUUGUCCAGUGAGUGUAUUGGAGGACCCUAUCACAUCAAUAGAUAAUGUUCAUUACCCUCAAUUAAGUCUUUCUGGUCCUCAAGGCAAAUAUCAAGUCAGUUCAAGUCAGUUUUUAUAAUUUUCUGUUGUCUUCGAGCCCAUAGAGUAGUUUCACCACAAAUGUAAUCUGGUUUUGAUACUGUUUCGUCAAUGUUUAUAAAUCGUAGGCCGAACAAUGUUUGUGGCAAACCAAACGACUUUCAUUUAUCUCACAUGAAUCACAUUGAAUUAAGUUUUCUUUUUUUUUCUCCAUUUUUAUUUAAUUUUUUAUAAUGUCUCCUAAAAGCCUUUCAACAGAUUAGAUAUUUGGAACUCCUAUAGGCUUUAUUUAUGUUCAUUGUAGUUUGCAAACAUGUCCAUGUCUUGGUGGUAUGUAGGAAAUUAAUUACUAAAUAAAUAUAUUGAGGCCCUUACGUUUUGGUGCAGUUUUACCUCGCUACUUGAUACAGGUGCUACUACUUGAAGUUCUUAUCGUCUGGGAGCAAUCGCAGUCAAGGCCGUGGCGUAAAGUAAAACUCCUGUGAAGCAGAUGUCUUUAAAAUCAGGUGUCCAUGUUUGUCUCUCGAGUAGGCGUAUAGGAAACUGACUUUUAAUAAAAAGAAAGUCCAAACAGGCACAAUUUAGGCAACAUUUAGGUGUAGGUCUCCUUUUUAAUUAAUACUGUGUAUAUUAUAAUAUAGUCUAGAAUAGUGCACUUGCAAAACAGUAUAUAAGUAGGACUAUAACCAGAAAUAACGUCUAAGUGACUUAAAAACUUAAAAAACGUGUAU